AACGUUAGACGUUUGUGAAAUCAUAACAUCUGUCUCUGAACUUUUCGACUCACCCUGGUUUAGAAGCAGAUCAGAUAAUAAAUGAAAAAACGUAAAAACACUUCUACACUUCCACUUGUAUUGUAGCUUACCUGUUUCUUGUGUCCUUUGUGUGGAGUCGUACUGGGGAAGAACUGCACCACUGCUGCCUCCAUCCUGCCCCAGGACCAGGCAACACACCACAGCGAGAGCAACGAGCCUCAUGUUCCUCUGUUUGAUCAUCCGCUCCACAGUCACUGAUGCUGUCCCUCCAUUCAGACCCGCUUUAUGCUUUCACCAGAUCAUUCGUCUGCAGUGAGCUGACAUGUAGCUGCAUCUGGUGAAAUGGAGAACACUUUUAGACACAGUAACGGAGAGACGAACUUUCACCUGAGGACGGUUUGAAGGCUCUCCCUUCAUGUGUCCGUAGCUCUGUGGUUGGUAUCACUCUCGUCGCUGCUGCUUCACCAUGCCACUACCACGGUCUUUGUCCAUGACGUCCCUGAGCGGCGUGCUGCCGGCCUGGGAGGAGGACGAGCUCCCUGUGGAGGACCUGCUCCUCUUCGAGGUGUCCUGGGAGGUCACCAACAAAGUUGGAGGAAUCUACACCGUGAUCCAGACCAAGGCCAAGAUCACGGUGGACGAGUGGGGGGAGAACUACUACAUGAUGGGGCCGUACUUUGAACACAACUUCAAGACACAGGUGGAGGCCUGUGAGCCCCCCAACCCUGCCAUCAGGAAGGCCAUGGACUCUCUGAUCUUCAGUGGCUGCCAGGUUCAUUUCGGCCGCUGGCUAAUAGAAGGCAGCCCCUACGUCAUCCUGUUUGACCUCGGCUCCGCCGCCUGGAACUUGGACCGGUGGAAGGGUGACCUGUGGCAGACCUGCCACAUUGGCCUGCCCUACGAUGACCGAGAGGCCAACGAGUGCCUCAUGUUGGGCUCCCUGGUGGCCUGGUUCUUCAAAGAGCUCACAGACAACCUUGGAGAAAAACCCAACGUCAUCUGUCACUACCACGAGUGGCAGGCCGGACCGGGUCUCAUCUUCUCCCGCUGCCGGAAGCUUCCUAUUGCCACGGUUUUCACCACACACGCCACACUGCUGGGACGGUACCUCUGUGCUGGGAACGCUGACUUUUACAACAACUUAGACAAGUUUAACAAUGACCUGGAGGCAGGCGAGCGACAGAUCUACCACCGCUACUGCCUGGAGAGGGCAGCAGUGCACUGUGCUCAUGUCUUUACCACAGUGUCGGAAAUCACUGCAGUGGAGGCCCAGCACAUACUACACAGGAGGCCAGACGUGGUCACCCCGAACGGACUGAACGUGAAGAAGUUCUCUGCCAUGCACGAGUUCCAAAACAUGCACUCCACCAGCAAGGCUCGCAUCCAGGAGUUCAUCAGAGGUCACUUUUACGGUCACCUCGACUUCAACCUGGACAAAACACUUUUCUUUUUCAUCGCUGGCCGUUACGAGUUUUCCAACAAGGGAGCGGAUAUUUUCCUGGAGGCUCUUUCCAGACUGAACUACCUGCUGCAGGUCCAUAAGAGUGAUGUCACGGUGGUGGGCUUCUUCAUAAUGCCUGCCAAAACGAACAACUUCAACGUGGAGUCCUUGAAGGGUCAGGCAGUACGUAAACAGCUCUGGGACACAGCUCACACUGUGAAGGAGAAGUUUGGGAAGAAGCUUUACGAUGCUCUUCUAAAAGGGAGUAUCCCUGACAUGAAUUCAAUCCUGGAACGAGAUGACGUUACGCUAAUGAAGAGAGCUAUCUUCGCCACUCAGCAGAGACAAAGCCUGCCUCCGGUGACCACACACAACAUGCUGGACGACUCCACUGACCCCAUCCUGACCAACAUCAGACGCAUCGGUCUCUUCAACCUGAGGAGUGACCGUGUCAAGAUCAUCUUCCACCCGGAGUUCUUGUCCUCCACCAGUCCUCUGCUGCCCAUGGACUACGAGGACUUUGUUCGUGGAUGUAACCUGGGAGUCUUCCCCUCGUACUAUGAGCCGUGGGGCUACACACCUGGUGAGUGUACAGUCAUGGGUAUUCCCAGUGUGACCACCAACCUCUCUGGGUUUGGCUGCUUCAUGGAGGAGCACGUGUCAGACCCCACGGCUUAUGGGAUCUACAUUGUGGACCGGCGGUUUCGUUCUGCUGAAGAGUCGUGUAAACAGCUGACGCAGUACAUGUUCAGUUUCUGUCAGCAGUCGCGGCGUCAGCGCAUCAUCCAACGCAACCGCACGGAGAGGUUGUCUGAGCUGCUGGACUGGAAAUACCUCGGCCGGUUUUACGUCCACGCCCGCCUCCUGGCUCUGAGCAGAGCGUUCCCCGAGAAGUUCAAGACGGAGCCCAUCGUCUCCCUCAAGACCGAGGGUUUCCGUUACCCACGCCCCUACUCCGUGCCGCCCUCUCCUUCAGCCUCCCUCCACUCUACUCCUCAUCACAGCGAUGAUGAAGACGACAACGACGAUGACGAUGAUGACGAUGAGCACUACGAUGAAGACGAGGAGGCAGAGAGGGACAGGAUCAACAUCAAGGCUCCCUUUGUGCUCGGCGCUGCGCCCGACAUCGAGGAAAAUCAUAUCUAGUACACGCAGUACUGGUACAGGCAGUACUAGUACACACAGUAGUUUUUAAUAUUACAGUAGCAGAGAUUUUACAAACUGGAAAGUUCCGGUAACAGCUGGUUGUGAACACAUUUUUUUAAAUGAUUCUGCUGCGUUUGUUUGUACUUAAAAAAUUAAAAUGAAGAUUCCAACAUGACCAUCAAACAGACACUGGUGAAGGUCUCGUGUUCACCUGGUAAACUGAGUAACUUUAUAAACAGUAGGAGGCAGUAUUGGACAAUGUGGUGUUUACCUUUAAGCAGAAAUAAAAAUUAAUAAUAAAGAAAGAUUUACAAAUUA